AUUUGUUGACGUUUUCUGAUAGGAGAAUUUUGGAUUGGAUUAUUUUGUUGCUAUUUUCUAACUAAAUGUGGAAUAUCUAUUCCAAAAAUGGGAAUAUUUACAUCCUGCUGUAAACCUCAAGCGGCAGACGUUUUAACACCAGAUGCAGAAACCAGACGCCGUCACCUGGUGGAAGCGGCGGAGAAGCGACGGUCGGAGGAGGCCUCCCGCGGGGUCAAGGACCCUGAGAAGGUGAAGCGCAUGCAGCAGCGGUCCGAGGAAAUGGAAAGACGAGAGGCUGAGCUGGCUAAACAAGGAGGUUCAAACCUCAAGUGGACGACAGGAUGAGAUCCGAAGCAAGGCGGAACCAGUCAGAGCAGUCAGCCCGACCCGCCCGCACCCCUUUCCAAAGAAGACAAAUACCGAUACAAGAACUAACACCUAUUUUACAUUAUGUCUCUGGAUUAUAGAUAAGUGUGAUGUUGCUUAUUUAUUAUUAUCAUAAUAGUUUUACAGUUACCAUUUUUAAAGGUGUUAUAAAUACGAAAUAUUCUGACGCCUAAAUUAAUAAGAUGCAAGAUAAUUUUGAAUAUAGCUGUAAAGUUUUACUUUUGACUUCAAUAUUGUAAGUAUUUUAGUAAUCAAUAUUACUUCAUCAAUGAAAUGUUCAAUAUACAAAAGCAUAAAUAUUAAUGUAUUAUUUAUAAUUGUACAGUUGAUUUUGUAAUUUAUUUGAAAAGUAUUUGUAUAUAAAAUGAAUGAGUUUUAAUUGAUAGAAACAUGUUUAAUUUCAGUAUUUUUAUUUACUAAGGCUGAUAGUCCACUAUCAUAUGUUAACAUAGAAAUGUGAUCAUAGGCAAAAUGCUGUCGUUUUUCUUCAUGUUGGAGAAAAAGGGAGGCAUACAGAUCUAUGAAUCCUAUGAUUAUAUUUCUAUGAUAAACAUAUGAUAGUGGACUAUCGACCUAAAAUAAAGUUAAUAACAUUUUUACAGACAGCUCAUUUAAAGCUUGUUCCACAUAGUUAUAUAGCUUUCAGCUGAAACCCACCCUAUAGUCACUAUUUAGUCCAAUAAAAAAUAUUUUCUGAGCAUUUGUACACUUAUACACUAUGGUAGACUUUUGUGGGGAACCUUCCCUUAUUGUCCAUGGAAAUCUAUUACAAAAUUCCUUGAGUACCCAAUGGAUCAAUUUCAUAGAUUUUACCGCCUUUAUACAUGACACACGAUUGUUAUAGACGGUCAAGCAAAUCUCGGCACUAAAAAGGCGGCAAAUUUGUAAAUUGUAGAGACGUAGAUUUAUCGUCCAAUAUAAAAUUAGAACUUCACGUUUUUUUUAACUGACAAGUUUUGCUUUACGGUCUAUAUGAGACAUUAUCUGGGUAAAGGGAUCCUAUUGUCGACGGCGCUUACGUCCCGCGGCGUCGUAUUUGUACUAAAACAUCGCUCAUAACGCCGUAAGCGCCAUCGACAAUAAGGACCCUUUACCCAGAGAAUGUCACAUUAUGUACUAAAAUCGAGAAUUUUGCAUAGUUUUACACAAUUAUUGAAGCUUAUUGUUUUUUUAGCGUGUUGGUUUAGUUGCUUAGUGUGUUGUUAUUUGUAAGUAAGAUUGUAUUUAAAUGUGCUAUUAAAUGAUCUUUGUAUAUCUUUGUACAUGAAUGUAUUUUUGUAACUCACUUACAUAUCCAUUAUAAUAAAUGUUAUAUAAUACU